AUGUUCGGGAAACCAGACAAAAUGGACGUCCGGUGCCACUCGGACACCGAGGCCGCCAGGGUCUCGAAGAACGCGCACAAGGAGAGCAGGGAGAUCAAGGGCGCCGAGGGGAGCCUUCCGGCCGCCUUCCUCAAGGAGCCGCAGGGCGCCUUUUCGGCGUCUGGCGCUUCGGAAGAUUGUAACAAAAGUAAAUCCAAUUCCUCCGCAGACCCGGAUUACUGUCGCCGGAUCCUAGUCCGAGAUGCCAAGGGGUCUAUCCGAGAAAUCAUCCUGCCCAAGGGCUUGGACCUGGACCGGCCCAAGAGGACACGCACGUCCUUCACGGCGGAGCAGCUCUACAGGCUGGAGAUGGAGUUCCAGCGUUGCCAAUAUGUGGUGGGCCGGGAGAGAACCGAGCUGGCUCGGCAGCUCAAUCUUUCUGAGACCCAGGUGAAGGUCUGGUUCCAGAAUCGGCGAACCAAGCAGAAGAAGGACCAGGGCAAGGACUCCGAGCUGCGCUCGGUGGUAUCGGAGACCGCCGCCACGUGCAGCGUGCUGAGGCUGUUGGAGCAGGGCCGCCUGCUGUCGCCGCCCGGUCUGCCUGCCCUGCUGCCGCCGUGUGCCACCGGCGCUCUCGGCUCGGCGUUGCGCGGGCCCAGCCUCCCGGCCCUGAGUGCUGGCGCUGCCGCGGGCUCGGCCGCAGCGGCCGCCGCCGCCGCUACUGCCCCGGGGCCCGCAGGCGCUGCGUCUCAGCACCCGCCAGCUGUGGGCGGCGCUCCCGGCCCAGGGCCUGCAGGGCCCGGGGGACUGCACGCGGGAGCACCAGCUGCCAGCCACGGUCUCUUCAGUCUGCCGGUGCCGUCGCUUCUAGGCUCUGUUGCCAGCCGCCUGUCCUCCGCCCCGUUGACGAUGGCUGGUUCGCUAGCCGGGAAUUUGCAAGAACUUUCAGCCCGGUACCUGAGCUCCUCCGCCUUCGAGCCUUACUCCCGGACCAACAAUAAAGAAGGGGCCGAGAAAAAAGCGCUGGACUGAUUUUAAGUGUUACCCUGUAUUUAUAUUUAUAACAUCUAUUGUGGUGGUAUUUAUGGACUCGCGCGCUUUAGGCGCCCAGUGCUCCUGCGCUGGCCUUCCUGGCCCCGACUAGGCCUCUGACAGCUCUUCCCGCCCCCCUCCCCCGCAGGCUACUGAUUUUAUCUCACUUGAGCUGUUUUUUGUUCUGCUCUCUUCUUUCCUCCCUUCCUCCAACCUCAGCUUCCUUCUGAAUCCAGGAAUGAUCCAAAGAAUUGGGGAGGAAUGCCCGAAUUAGCCAAUCUGGUUCCCCCAUCCCUGCCAGCCAGGGAAGGAACAGACUGAGCCUAAGUCCAGGACCCAGACACCUGCUCUGGAUAGGGACACUGCGCGCUGCUCCUAUGAAUUUUUGGAA